AUGAGCUACAACGAGCAAUCUCCCUCGCCAGCCGGCAAGACGCACAGUUUGGUCACAGGAAGCGGAAGCUCCAGCUGCUCAGGCAGCAACAUUCUACUCCAGUCGCUGCCCCAAUCACUGCUCACCACCACCACCACCACCAUCGCCAGCAACAGCAACAGCAUCGAACUGCUCAAGCAGGACGAUGUCAACAAUCUGUCCUUGGCCAGCGGCCUAUCCGAGGGACAACGCUCACACUCCGGCGCACCGUCGGCCUCCUCCAGCCCGAUCCUAAGUCCGCAGGGCAAGAUCUUUGGGCGCAAUGCGAACGGCACAUUGGUCGCAACAUCGCGGCCGAGCAACGAGGCAGAGGUGCAGCUAUAUCGUGUGCUACAGCGUGCCAGCCUGUUGGCCUACUACGACACAUUGCUGGAGAUGGGCGGCGAUGAUGUGCAGCAGCUGUACGAUGCGGGCGAGGAGGAGUUUCUGGAGAUAAUGGCAUUAGUGGGCAUGGCAUCGAAGCCGUUGCAUGUGCGGCGUCUGCAGAAAGCGCUGCACGAAUGGGCCAACAAUCCGAGCCUAUUCCAAGGAGCCAUGCUGCCACAGCUAGGCUUAUGUGAGACACCGACCAAGCCCGCACCCGCUUUGAUCUUCAACUCAGAGUCAACGCCUGCGUUGCCACGCCAUAAGUACGCAUCCUUUCAGCCCGCAGCUCCUGUUGCUGCUGCUGCUGCUGCUGCUGCUGCUUCAGUUGCUCCGACUUCGGCUGCCAGUGCUCAGCUUCUGGCGCAGAUCAGUGCGCCUGUCAUCUGCCCCGCUUUGCCAGUGCUGCAGAGUCCAACAACGACGCCUUUGGUGGUCAGCAACGUGGGCAGCUGUGUGGCUGGGGCACAUCAGGUGUCGUCCAGCUCGCCACAGCUAACACCUGUGCUCACCGAGCUGCAGGUGCAACGCAUUACGAUGUGCGCCGAGAAGAUUGCACGACAGCUGCCGCAACGGGAGCCGCGUGCGCAGACCUCCAAGAAGCGCACCACCCGCGAGCUGGAGCAGGUGAUUGCCAUGGCGGAGCACGAUCCGAGGCGCAUGGAUGAGAUACGUAAGUAUUCGGCUAUCUAUGGUAGAUUCGAUUGCAAGCGACGUCCAGAGAAGCCGCUCACACUGCACGAGGUCUGUGUGAACGAGGCGGCGGCGCAGCUCUGUCGUAAUCCUCAAACCAUUUGGCUGCUCACGCGGCGUGAUGAGCUCUUUCCACUAGCUCGUCAGAUUGUCAAGGACGCGGGCUUUGGCCAUUCGGCCAGCAUAGCUCGCUAUGGCGGUCUGCUCACCCAGCUGCCCAGCCAGGCGCUGCAGCGUACGGGCAUCGAUCUGGAUUGCGAGUCCAGCGAUGCAAUGACUGCUGCCUCGGCAUCUGCAUCAGCUUCAGCUGCUGGUGCCAUGCUGCCCAGCAUUAAGAGGCAGCGUCUCUCCUCUACAGAGGCUGCUCAGCUGCCCAUCGAACUGAAUCGGGAGGCUGUGGAGGAUUCGCGUUACAAUCUGUUUGCGAUGUACCAAAAGUUUGCCAAGCCGCCGUUCGAUUUGACGGAAAUAGCCAAAUUCUCAUUGGGCAAAUCGGCCGACUUUGAGGACAACGAUUCGCGCUUCUCCUUUAGCAACUCCAGCUCGCCGCCACUGCCAGGCAAUGGUCUGGAAAGUGAAAGAUCGCCCGUCUCCUCGCUGGACGCGUGCUGUGCAAAGCCGAACGAAAGCCUCGGCCUGGGCGAAACUGUGGAUCUGACAGCUGCCGGCGUCCAGGUCAUCUCAGCGGCGGGUGAUAAUAUCAUUGCAGUGGCGAAUCCCGCCCUGGCACUCAGCCCCACACUGAAUGAGGUGCUCAAGCGAAAUGUUGCCUCACCAGAAAUUUAG